CAUCUCUCGCGGCCAAUGGCGGCAAGGCAGAGGUGCCGACCACGUGGGGCUCAGGCCGCAAGUAGUACGGGGGCGUGUGGCCGCGCGCUCCCUCCCCCCUCCCUUCCGGCGCGGUGGCGGCGUGGCGCGGCCGCGCGAGCCCAGGGAGGGCGGGGCCGGCCGCGUCGCCAGGUUACCGCGUGAUUGAGAGGCCCUUUAGCCAAUGGCAGCACGGCGGGGGCGGGCGCGGCGGCGGCUGCGGGCCGGCGGUGGCCGGGAGGGUUCAGUCCCGUCGCGGCCGCCUUCGCAAGCAGCAUGCUGGCUCCCGCCGCGCUGCCGGCCGCCGGCCUGUUCUACUGGGUGGGCGCGUUGGGCGCCCUGUACGUGGCGGCGCUGGGCGCCUUCCGCCUGCUGAGCGGGCUGCGCGUCUGGGUGCUGGGCGGCGGCCGCGCCGUGGGCCCCCAGCUGGGCGCAUGGGCAGUGGUCACAGGAGCUACUGAUGGGAUUGGAAAAGCCUAUGCAGAAGAGUUGGCAAGACGUGGAAUGAAAGUGGCUCUAAUCAGUCGGUCAAAAGAAAAGUUGGACCAAGUUGCUGGUGAAAUAAAGGAGAAGUACAAAGUGGAAACAAAAGUUAUUGUGGCGGACUUCGGAGAGAGAGAAGGCAUUUACGACAGAAUCAAAGCAGGACUGGAAGGCCUGGAGAUCGGUGUUUUGGUAAACAACGUGGGAAUUUCGUAUUCUUAUCCGGAAUACUUCAUUGAUAUUCCAGACCUGGAUAAAACAAUCGACCAAAUGAUCAACAUUAACAUCAUGUCUGUUUGUAAGAUGACACGAUUGGUGCUGCCCGGCAUGCUGGAAAGAUCAAAAGGGGUAAUCUUGAACAUCUCAUCAGCUGCUGGGAUGUAUCCAACUCCAUUGCUGACUCUUUACUCUGCAACCAAGGCUUUUGUGGAUUACUUCUCUCGAGGCCUCCAUGCAGAAUACAAGAGCAAGGGCAUCAUUGUGCAGAGUGUUCUCCCAUAUUACGUGGCAACAAAACUGUCCAAAAUCCGCAAGCCAACCUUCAGUAAGCCCAGUCCUGAAACAUACGUACGAUCUGCCAUAGGCACAGUAGGCCUGCAGUCCCAGACCAAUGGGUGCCUGCCCCAUGCCGUCAUGGCCUGGAUCUUUUCUUUUCUACCUAAACCUGCUGCCACGAGUUUAGUCAUGAAAACAAACAAACAAAUACGGGCUCGUUUUUUGAAAAAGCUGAAGGAGAAGUAAAUUGCAGGCAACUAGAUCUCGGAAGCCAGGAACUCCUGCAGGUUCCACGCCUGCACCUUGGCACCAUGUAGACCUAAUAUCUUAAACAUCUUCAGUUGUAAGUGUGCUUUCUAAUAAACAAAACAGUAUUGUUUAGAGGAUACAAACAAAUUCUUGACUUCUAACACUGAUUUCAAAAUGGGCUUUAUUUGUUUAUAGGUUUAUUGAGUUGGGAAGUGUUUGGGACUAAAAUUACACUGAGCUUUAAGAAAUACUUAAACAAACUUGAUCAGACACUGCACUGCUGAAGAACGGCUUGGUUAUAUAGCACGCAUCACACCCGUGUCUUAUGAUUGUGGGUGAAGGGCAGAACAAUAGUAGUUAUCUGACAUAUUCCUAGAAGGGUAGGAAGGUGUGGGAAGGGAGUAUAUUUCUUUGAAAAGGUAGUCGGAUUCUAUUCAGAGUGUAACUUUUCCCAGCUCAGGUUUAGGAUACUUGCAAGGAUUCAGCAUUGUCAACUAGCUAGUGAGUGCUCUCCUGCCUGCACAGCCCAGUGAAUGAAACUGGGACACCAUGGGCAGGGAGGGACAGGCUCUGGCUAUGUAGAAGCCAUCUCUCUGUAAAACAAGAGUACCUCCACUUCAGACUUCUGUGUUUGCACAGUCUGUGUAACUUAGAAAGGAUCACCACUUAGGAGGGAUGAUCACAAAAUGGUCCUUAACCUGAUGGUUUCAGAAGUCUGCUUGCUCAUGGUUAGAUACUGUAUUGAAAUGGGCUCUUGCACCAAAAUCUGAGCAGUCAUUUCUAUGGACUUUAAGGGUUCAGUGUUACUUUUGGUUAUGGACUCAAGGGAAACGGGCCAAGAAAAACCCGAAAAUGAGUGUGAUUACUCAUCCAUAAAUAUCUACAUAAAAUAACAUUUCAAUAAGUAUUUAAAUUCUUGCUUCUUGAAUAUGGAGUCUAACUCUUUAGUAGCAUGUAACUUCAAUUUGUAAUGUUUUUAAAAGUUCAGUGCCUGCUGUUUGUGAUAGAAGGUGAUAACACAACACGGAUAAAUGUCAUGAGUUGCACGUUGCUUGCUGGUCUCUAUGUAACAAAAAGACUACUGCCGCUUUAACUGCAGAGCUUCAGAGGAGUUAUCUCCUUUAGCACUGAUGGAUACAUUCUUUCUGCAGUAUGUCAGUCUGUCUUUUGGUGAGGCCAUUCAGAAUGUGAAUCCUGAAUAUUUACAAGUGAGAACCAGUAAACUUCUUUAAAUGUAGAACUUUUUUUUUUUUAAAUUUAUUGAACUGAUUUGUUCUGUAGAAGUUUUCCAACUCCCAGAUGGGUCAGAGUACGUGAGAGGUCUGCACUGCUGUUGUCUAUUACCUGAUCUCUAAAGAUGUGGUCGCUAACAUUCCUUUCUGUAAGUGUGAAAUGCACCAAAACUUCCAAGCCAAAUUAAAUGGCAAGUGGUACCAGUGUUUUCUACGGUGACUGCCUGUGGUGAGUGGCUGCAGGUUGUUUCUGGUCCCUGAAGGAGUAAUUCCAAGCUCUGGUUUUGAAGUGAAGUAUGUCGCGCUGAGACACGAUUUGGGGCUAACGUUCCUGUACAGUGAAAAAACCCGGAUACCGAUGCAAUGGUGCUGAUCAGAUCUGAGCUGAAGAUCCUAUCCCAUAGUUUUCUUCAUUACUAAUUUUUGGAACAGGGACGGAGAGGCUAGUGGUAUUGGUUCUGUACGCCUGAAGAUGACGUGGACGCAUUGGACUAACUGAUCUGUGUGGGUUUUAACUCGGCCAAACAAAUAAAAUGGCAUUCACUCUGAA